AUGGCAGUGCAGAUGAACUCCUCGGUCCAUGCAACGACCACGGCGACUUCUCCUCCUCCGGUGGCGCCAGGAAAGAAGGACGAGGGUCGAGAGGCGCUAGCCGUCGUCAAGAUCGAAGUUGAGGAUCAGGACGACGCGGCAGCGGGCGUGGACUACGCCGACAGGGCGCAGUGGCUCCGCGCGGCGGUGCUGGGCGUCAACGACGGGCUUGUGUCCGUGGCUUCGCUGAUGAUCGGGGUGGGCGCCGUAAACCAGUCCGCCAGGGCCAUGCUCGUCUCCGGGCUCGCCGGCCUCGUCGCCGGCGCGUGCAGCAUGGCCAUCGGCGAGUUCGUGUCCGUGCACGCGCAGUACGACAUCGAGGUGGCGGCGCGGCUGCUGAGACGCAAACGCGGACUCGAGGAUGAGCCUGGGCAGCUGCCGAGCCCGGCGAAGGCGGCGGCCGCGUCGGCACUGGCCUUCGCGGCCGGCGCGGCGCUCCCGCUGCUGGCCGGCGGGUUCGUGCGCCCCUGGGCCGUUCGGGUCGCUGCCGUGUGCGCGGUGACCACGGCCGCGCUGGCCGGGUUCGGGGCCGUCGGAGGGGCGCUCGGAGGCACCAGCCCGGCCAGGUCUGGCGCCCGGGUGCUGCUCGGCGGGUGGGCCGCCAUGGCCGUGUGCUACAGCGUGCUAUGGCUGUCCAGACUCGCCAUGGGGGCACAAUCGUUGAAAGCCAUUGAUGGCCCGAGUGUUACUGGAUCCGCCCGUGUACGCAAGGCUCCAUUAGCACAGUUUCGAGUCCCUGGCGUCUACCAGAGGACAACACCGGCGGGACACUCUUGUGGUGGUGAUUUCCAGGCUUUGCGUGGAUCCUUGGACAUGUUUGCAGCAGCUUCUGGCUGUUAG